AAAUAAUCUGCAUUUGCACAUCAUCCAUGCACUGUUCUUUCUGCAGACAUUCGUGCUCAUGCACUGAAGUCUCAAACACAUAUAUUCACUGUGACAGUGUUUGUUUCACAGCGGAAGCUAAAGUGAGGGAGGAACUGAGACACUGCGAGAGAGGAAGAGAGUGCAACAUAGAGUCUGCAAGAAAGAGCUGCCCAGGAUAAGAACAACUGCACAAGAGAGCAAGAGAAAGACUGUACCAACUGGGCAACAAGGUGCCACUAGUGUAUGAGUAAGGCAGUGCAGAUGCACCAACGAGAAAUUUGGAGGUGCGGGGACUGCAAGAAGUGAGGAAGCAAAGACUGCAUUAAAAAUGAGAAGUAUAGAGAGCAGUGUUUAGAGAUUGAAAUAUGAAGGUAGAAACCAGUGAUGUUGGAAGAUGAGGGAGAGUGGGUGGGAGGAGAACUGUGAAAGGGGGAGGCAGAAUUUUUUUUAAGGAGUAACGUGAUAGGUAGAUGGGAACUUGAAUAGGAGAAGGAGUAUUGUCCAUUAGAGCACAGAUGGAGUAGGGGACAAAGGUUAUUAUGAAUAGGAUACAUAAAAUAGGCAAGAACAGACAUUAAUUGAGUGUUCAGGAUAAAGGGCUAGAUUGCUGUAAGUCUGGUAUAAGUGAGUGGUAGGCUAAGUUUGGAAAGUUGGAAAGAUAGCAGAGAUGUAGACUGAGGGGUAGGGGUAGUUGAGAGUGGGUUAAGCCUAGUUUGGAAAGAUAGCUGAGAUUUUAGUUAGAAAGUUGACAUUGUACUGGAAGAGUUAGGCCACAGUUUGGCUGGAGAACUGAUAAGGUACUAGAAGGGUUUGGUAAGAUUAGUGAGGUUCUGAAGAGCUGAGAAUGUGCUAGGACAGUUUGGUGGGAUAAGUAAAUGCUGAUUAAUGUAGGUGAGAAUGUGCUAGGAGAGUUGGACAUCAAACAGCAAACUGGCUUUAGAUGAAAGCACCCAACGAUUGGUGAGAGUGUUUCAGACUAACUGCAGGUGGCUAAGGUUCUGCGAUGGAUGGAGGAAUCGUAAAGCAAGGGGCUCUGCACCUGCAACACCAGCAGCGAUUUGGGAAGAAGUGGAAGAAGGUGUGGGCAGUGCUUUAUGAGGCUACCUGCUCGGGCCUAGCACGCUUGGAAAUGUUUGAGGGCUCCCAACCCCCAGACAGUGGGCGCAAGCCAGAGUGCUGGAAGCUUCUGCAGCUUAGUGAAUGCGUCAGUGUAUCAGAGCGCAAUGGGGAAGGCAGCCCAAAAGACACUCGUUCCUUCUGCAUUGAGACUGCCCAAAGAGUGUACCUGCUUGCCAGCGAGACGUCUGAACAGCCGGGCUGGGUGAAAGCUCUCUGCAGUCUGGCAUUCCCUCAGGAUCCUUUGCCUCUGGAGAGGAAGACCAGUCAGCCUGCCCAGUCAGGUCUCCAUCUGCAGGAAAAUGAGCUCUACAGCACUACCCGAGAGACUGGGUUUGUGGUGCGAAUUAGACCUACAGAAGCAUCAAUUCGCUGUGGUCUCAAUGGAAUCUACACAUUGUCAGCUGAGAACAGCUGCCUCUCUCUAAGGGACCGCCAAACAGGAGGCUCCCUGUAUAGCUGGCCUUACCCUUAUCUGAGGAGAUUUGGCAGAGAUAAGAGCAUGUUCUCAUUUGAAGCUGGCCGCCGUUGCGCUUCUGGUGAAGGAAGCUUUGAGUUUGAGACUUCUCUUGGCAGUCAAAUUUUCCAAGCAAUAGAAUGUGCUAUCAGUGCACGCAGUGGAAAAGAGCAAGUGACUGAAGAACAACAAUCAGCUACCAGAAAAAGAACCACCUCACUUUUACCUAAAGGCCCUGCGGUUCCAGUGCCAUGUCCUCAGAGCAGUGUGAUUGGCAAGCCUACCAUUCAGGAGAGUGAAUAUGCAGUACCCUUUGAUAAGGUGGCUCAAAAUCUCUUAGCUACUGGUUUUGGAGGUCUUUUAGGACCCCAGUUUCCUCCCCAAAGAAAGCAUCCAAAAGCUCGUCAGGCAGAGCCCAUAUACGAUGAGCCUGGAACUCCUCAGAAUCCUGUUUAUGAUGAUCCAGACGGGAUAAGGUCUGAGGCCUGGAAGACUCAGGCAACUGAUGCUCAUGAAGCUGGUUAUGAAUACCCUUAUUUACCGGGAUGGGAUGAUUAUGCAGUGCCCAGAGGCUCUGGUGCUGAUGGGGAGCAGCAAGGAGAGGCAGAAGAAUGGGGGAAAGAAGGAGAAAGGGAAUAUGAUAAUAUUACAUUAAAGGGUGGGAAUGAGAACUGAGGGGGAACUUUGAAUCUCAAUUGCGCCAAAUUUGAAUAGUGCUCUUGUAGGUACCACCCUGGCACUGUGAUUGAUUUACAGGACAAAGUUUUACUGCUACUUUUCAAAAAAAAUGGGCUUUCCAACUUUCUUAAACCUUGGAGAUCUUUGAUCAAGAAAUUAUUGCAGUUGGGGGACAGUUAGCCAACACCAGAAUUCAGCUGAAUCUAAAAAUUAGGUUCUGGUGAAUAUUUGUGAUUUGUGCUACUACUAUCUAACUGUUGGCCAAUAAAUGUGUACGUCCACUUUUUUAUA